AUGAACCAUAAAAGGUUCAGAGACAGUGGGAUCUAUGGAGUGGGAAAAGCUGCAGAACACCCCCCUGCCUUAGCCGUCCUCAGCCACACACCAGCGGGGGCCACGCAGACCAUCGCCUGGGUGGGAAAAGGCAUCGUCUACGACACUGGAGGACUGAGCAUCAAGGGGAAGACCACGAUGCCAGGAAUGAAGCGGGACUGUGGAGGCGCGGCCGCCAUCCUGGGAGCGUUCAGAGCCACCAUCAAACAGGGAUUUAAGGAUAACCUCCAUGCUGUCUUCUGUCUCGCUGAGAACUCUGUGGGUCCGACUGCGACUCGCCCUGACGAUAUCCACACGCUCUACUCGGGAAAGACUGUGGAGAUUAAUAACACGGAUGCAGAAGGGCGGCUGGUGCUCGCUGACGGAGUGGUCUACGCCAGCAAAGACCUCUCUGCUGACAUCAUUCUGGACAUGGCAACCCUCACCGGGGCUCAGGGGAUCUCCACAGGGAAGUACCACGCUGCUGUAAUGACCAACAAUGACCAGUGGGAGGCGGCGUGUGUGCGAGCGGGCCGCAGCAGUGGGGACCUGGCUCACCCUCUGGUCUACUGCCCCGAGAUGCACUUCAGCGAGUUCACCUCCGCUUUGGCCGACAUGAAGAACUCUGUCGCAGACCGAGAGAACGCCCAGAGCUCCUGCGCCGGGCUUUUCAUUGCGUCCCAUUUGGGCUUCGACUGGACCGGGGUCUGGGUCCACGUGGACAUCGCGUCACCCGUGCACGCCGGAGAGCGAGCCACUGGGUUCGGCGUGGCUCUGCUCAUGGCGCUGUUCGGUCAAGCCUCAGACGACUCCAUUUUGAAGCAGGUGUCUCCUCUGAGCUGCGGCGCCGCCAACGACGACGCCAAACGCAGGAGACUGGUCUGA